AUGGUUGAUCUGCAACAAGACAAUGCAGAUGAUCAAACUUCCAGAGUAGCUAAGCGUGCCCAACAAGAAGAAGAAGAUAAUGAAGGCCCUUCUAGAGUAAAUAAGAAUAAGGGCAAGGUCUCAAAGCGUGUCAGGUCACGAGCAUCAUCUCCUCCAUGUGCAGCAUGCAAGAAAAUGAGAAGAAGAUGCAGUAAUGACUGCAUCUUUGCCCCUUAUUUUGGUUCUAGCCAGGGCUCAGAACGGUUUGCAGCAGUGCACAAGGUGUUUGGUGCAAACAAUUUGUCAAAACUGUUGUCAGAAGUUGAAGUGGUUCAUCGGAAUGAGGCGAUGAAUUCCAUGUGCUACGAGGCUCAAGCAAGGCUUGCUAAUCCUGUUUAUGGCUGUGUCUCCACCAUUUCUGCUUUGCAACAACAGGUGGCGUCGUUGCAAGGAGAGCUUGCUAUGGUGCAUAAUCAGCUGAUUAAUACAAAAAUAUUAUAUGAAAAUCUUCUUCAGAGAACACAACAGUACCAACAGCAACCAAACAUCAACGUAGCUAUGCAACCUGCACAGUCCAACAAUUUACCUGCUGCUUCCACCAACAACCUGAUGAACAUGAGCUUCUUCAACCCUGGUUUUGAUCACCUUGCAAUGCAGAUACCUCCCUCAACACACAACAUGGAGCCUCUUCAGUUCUCUGGGCCUCCCCAGGAUUUCAACAAUGACCAACCUUAUCUUUUUCCAUGA